AUAUUUUAAUAAAACAAUAUAGAUAGAGACGCUCGUGGUUUGAGAAAACCGAACGCACCUCUGCCCUUUCGCACUAUCGCCGGCGCGCUCAAAAGGCCCUUUUUCUGUUUACUUGGUUGAGUAAUCUAUCGGGUUGUUGGUUCAAUUAUCGAUCGGAUCGAAGAGAACAACAUGACCAGCAGCCAUGUAUUGAGGGGCAGCAAACUCGUUUGACGCGACAAGUACUUUCUCUUCAGUUCGAGAAGCUUUGGGUUUCCUUACAAGCAACAAUGGAUCGCCGUGACACAUCAGGAUUUGUUAGUGGGGGUGGAUUGUACUUUUUUCGAGACAGCUAAUACUAGUUUUGUAGAUAGUAUCUAUAUACCCGGAAGUCAGGCAGACUGUUCAUUAGCAACUGAGUAGUUUUGUGCAAAGAUAUUCUGUCAUGGAUGCCAGAUUCAACAACCUUGGUUUUGCUGCUAACCCACCACCAUAUGCAUUCAAGUAUUUGGGCAAUGCCAUCCAUAUUGGAGGAGCCGGAGAUAAAUCUGUAUUCCGUGCUGAUACAACCUUACGACUUGAUUCACAAGGGUUUGAAGUUCCUUUCCCGUCAGCUCCAAAGGGUGUGAAACGUAAGUGGAGCUUUAUAGAUGGUGCUGUACCUCAGCAAGUUGAAAAUCUGCUAGAUCUUCGCCUUGGGAACUCAUCAAGUUCUUCAGACAGUAAGGGGAGUACGGCAACUGUAUGCUCAUCAAUGUCUUCAGCCAAGGAAUCAGAAGAGGAAUCUCCAAUGGAUCUGGAACUGGACUUUAGUCUCCAUCUUGGCGGCGAUAAAUUAUCAGGGACAGACAAAUCAACUAGCUCUAAUAUGAAAUUGCUGAAUGUGUGCCCUGAGGUUGAUCUACAAUUGAGCCUUUCCAGUGGCCCCGCUCAUUCUGAUAUCACAUCUAUCCACCCAAGAGCUGAUGCACCUAAAAGUUGCACCAAGUUGGUCGGUGACUCUGGAGGUUACACUGAUGAAGCAUCCACAAGAAUUGCCUCAAUAGAGUUUCAAACUACUCAGAGCUUGGGAAACCAGAAUUUCGUCGAUCAAACUGUGGGACAAAAGAAGACAACAUCUCCAUCUCUCUCCUCAAGCCUUAUAACAACACCGAAAAGCUCAGUCACCUGCACUUCCGGGGUAACACAGUCACAACAGCAGCAUCGUACUAGCAGUACUAAACAGUGUCAAUUUCAGGGAUGUUUGAAGGGUGCAAGAGGGGCCUCUGGUCUUUGUAUUGCUCAUGGGGGUGGUCGCAGGUGCCAGCGUACUGGCUGCCACAAAGGAGCAGAGGGUCGAACUGCAUUUUGUAAGGCUCAUGGUGGUGGUCGCCGGUGUGAAUUUUUGGGCUGUACAAAGAGCGCUGAAGGCCGCACAGAUUUCUGUAUUGCUCAUGGUGGUGGCCGGCGAUGCAGUCAUGAAGGAUGCACUCGGGCUGCCAGAGGAAAAUCUGGUUUGUGCAUUCGGCAUGGUGGUGGGAAGAGAUGCCAGAUGGAAAACUGCACAAAAAGCGCUGAAGGCCUCUCUGGUCUCUGCAUCUCUCAUGGAGGUGGUCGCCGUUGUCAAUAUCCUGAAUGCACCAAGGGGGCUCAAGGAAGCACGAUGUUUUGCAAGGCCCAUGGCGGCGGAAAACGGUGCACGUAUCCAGGUUGUAACAAGGGUGCAGAAGGAAGCACCCCCUUCUGCAAAGGCCAUGGAGGUGGAAAACGAUGCUCAUUCCAAGGCGGUGGGAUUUGCCCCAAGAGUGUGCAUGGGGGCACCCUUUACUGUGUAGCUCAUGGUGGUGGAAAGAGGUGUGCUGUUCCUGAGUGUACAAAGAGUGCUAGGGGACGUACUGACUUUUGUGUUCGUCAUGGCGGAGGCAAGCGAUGCAGAUUUGAAGGGUGUGGGAAAAGUGCUCAGGGAAGCACUGAUUUCUGCAAGGCUCAUGGUGGAGGCAAGAGGUGCUCCUGGGGCCACCCCGGUUCUGAAUUUGGUUGCAGUGAUGUUCCUUGCAGCACAUUUGCUCGUGGUAGAAUGGGGCUUUGUGCAUCUCAUAGUUCUCUUGUUCUGGAUAAAAGGGUUCAUGGUGGCGCUACUGUGGGAAUUGUUGCCGAGGAUUCCAAAUCUGAUCAAUCUGCUAUGGCAAAUCCAAAAAUUUCUGAUGAAGACAUGAAUGUUGACAUUGCUAAGACAGGGGAUAGUUCGAACUGCUAUGGAAGCAAACCAUCGUCAGAAAACAUACCAGAAGGAAGAGUUCAUGGAGGUAAUCUGAUGGCCAUGCUCGCACACAGUCGGGGAUUCAAUUAUUCAAAUAACUAAUGUACUAUGCUGGCCCCUUGGAGCCUGGGAAGUGUUUCGCAACGUUGCAGACCUGGACGAAAGGUAGAAUCUGUUGCCUGCCUGCCUAUUUAUCUCUGCCAAUCUUCGAAUUUACAUUUAAAGAACCAUGAUUAGGCUUGUAUUAUUGUUAUUAUCUGUUGUUCUGUGAGAUGGUGUGUCAGUUGUUUCAAUGUGAAACACACUCUUGUUUUUAUUUGUUUGGCAUUUGUCACAAUUGCAACUCAGGCAAAUGUGUGGUGAUGAUAAUAAAGGGUAAUUGGAACUUGUGUGUGUUGGUUUUGUACUUGUGUUUUUAUGCAAAUGGUAAUGUAUGUUUGGUAUUGUUCUA